AUGUCUAUUAUUUAUUCAACUAUCCUAUUCAACAAUAUUGCAGUCCCUCCAACAAUCAUUGCAUUGAUUUGUCAAGGCUGUCAAAGUGGAGUUGCCAUCGAGAACCAAACCAUCACCUUGUUGUGUAAUGCUACUGGUAAACCCGUACCAAACAUCAGAUGGAUGAAGAAUGGAGAAUAUUACGAUGGAAAUAGUUCAUCAUCAAGUCCAAUGAACAAGAUUGUCUUCCAAAAAUUUGCAAUUAGCGACACAGGAAUUUACACCUGCAUUGCUGACAACGGGGUUGGCAAUCCGGGAAGGAAAUCAUUCCUUUUAUCUGUUAACUACAGACCAGAAAAUACCAGCAUUAAGAUAUCUGAUGAGAAAAAGGUCUUCUGUAAAGGAGAUUCGAUACACGUUACCUGUACGUCACACGCGAAGCCCGCCCCAGCCUACUCUUUGUAUCGUAGUAACGUGUUUCUUGGUAGUAAUGCUAUUGGUAUCUUUGUUGUUGAACUUGCUGAGAAUGGAAAUUACAGUCUUACCUGUAUACCAAAUAAUAAAGUUGGUAUUGGACCAAGUAAGAGCGAAAGUGUUACAGUAAAAGAGCCUCCCAAAAUCACCAAUGGCCGUAUUAAUGGUUCGUUAAGUACGAACCAACCAGUCGUUGAAGGGGAUGUGGUAACAGUGACCUGCAGUGCAUCUGGAAGUCCUCCACUCACUGGAAGAUGGACCAAAGAUGGACGUGUGUGGAAUGGGAAUAAUCUUAUAUUCAACCCAAUAAAUCGAGCAGAUGCUGGAUCCUACAAGUUUAUCUUACACAAUGGAGACGAAUGCAAUAAAACCGAGCAAAAAAUUCAUAUAUCUGUUUAUUACUUAGAUCUUCUGGAAGUGAUUGGAUCAAGUAACAAGAGCUACAGUCAGUCCAAUCCACUGGUAUUGUUCAACCUUAGUAUCAACGCAUAUCCCAGUAACACAUCCCUGUCUUGUAAUCCUUCUGCACCGAAUAUAUUGACUACCAUCACCAGCCAUGAUGCAGGGAUAAAUAGAAAACAGUAUCUGGUGGUGGCUAUCAUUCAGAAUGAUUUGGAUAGUGCUAGCAUUGUAUGUAAAGCUGAAAAUAGCGUUGGUGUACGAGAAAGGACAUUGCAUUUUUACAGACAGCCGAUAGUCUUAAAGGAAGCUUUUGCCGGCCAGUUUAGUAUAACAAACCCAAAAUGGCAGGAUGACCUUCAGGACGUAAAGUCAGCAGGCUACAAUGAUCUUAAACAGAAGUGCAUCAAAAUA